AUGGCAAAGUGGGCAACGCGCGGGAAGGCGAAGCGCAGCGGGAUGUCCUCGUGGCCGUUGUGCACCGUCACUAUCACGUCACGGUGGUCAUUCAUGGCGCACUCGCCAAAGUCCACGACCGGCGGCGAGAGCCACGCGACUGUCGUUGUGCAGGUCCCCGUCACGCGCACGCUGUGUGUGUGCUCCGUCUCCACGAAGAGCAGCGAGUAG